CCGGCGGCUCGCGUGGCGACGGAUGACUGGAGGACACGCAGCAAAUGAUUUGAUGUGACGCGCGACGUCGCUAUAUGAGUGUAUUAACAGACGAACACGCGGCUGAUAGACGCGUUUAACCGAUGAUCGCGCGCUUCGUGUUUUCGGCAGUGGUGUUUAUCUCCAUCUAGUGGUCAUGUUAAGUGUUUGUGUUCUGCUGCUUCUGGCGGCUCCGGCGGCUCUCAGUUCCGACUCUGAUACACAGAGAUACCGUCAAGACUCCAACUUGGAGAUCUAUAAGCGUUUGUUUGAGACGAAGAGGAAAGAUCAGCUGAACGCUCUCAAGAACCUGGUGGAGCUCAAUGACAUCAACCAACAGUACAAGAUCAUAGACAUCAUGCUGAAGGGACUUUUCAAGGUACUUGAGGACUCUAAAGCGGUGCUUGUAGCUGCUAAUAUGCAGCCGGAUGAUCCUUUUCCACUAGACGACAAAAUCAAAGAAGCGUACUCUCAUGUGGUGGAGAACACGGCGUUCUUUGGUGACGUAGCUCUGCGUUUUCCACGUAUCGUUCAUCAUUAUUUUGAUCGUAACGCUGACUGGAGUCGUCUGCUCCGUUGGGGCCUGCGAUUCUGUAACCAGACGGGUGUCUUCACUGGUGGAGCCCAUCAGCACGUCCUCACACUGAUGUCGCAGGAGCUGGGAAUCACACAGAAAUCUCCAGACUUUGUUAAUCCAUACCGCACCGAAAGAGACGACAUGCUGCACACUGCAGAAGCGUUCCAGAAGAUUCUCAGGGAGGAAGAGAAGAGGAGGAGGAAGGAGGAGAAGAGGAAAGAGAUCAGAAAAGGGCCACGAAUCUCUCGCUCUCGUACAGAGUUAUAGAGCCGUCUGGAGGAUCCGAGAGAGACAGGAAGUGCACUGACUCCGGUCGGAUCAGGGUUACAGAACAUCACGUUUAAACACAGUCAGGGAGCCGUGUGUUUCUACACACUAUUGUGCUGUUUCUGGAUUGGCCAGAAAUCUCUCGUAGGAAUCAGCGUUUACAGGUUUCACAAUGCCUACUUGAUUCUAAAGACUUGAAUAUUUGUUUUUAAACCUUUAUUUUAUUUGAGCUGUUUAUUAUAUUCACUGUUGUUUAGAUGUGUUUAGUGCUGUACUUUUGAAAGGUAAUUCUGACUGCACUGGGGAAGGGGAGUGGUCAGCCGAAUGGGAGGAGUCUGUCAGUGGGUGGGUCAGAUGGGGAGUCAGGCUAAUGGUGGAAUCAAUGGGAGGAGUCUGUCAGUGGGUGGGUCAGAUGGGGAGUCAGGCUAAUGGUGGAAUCAAUGGGAGGAGUCUGUCAGUGGGUGGGGUCAGAUGGGUAGGAGUCAGGCUAAUGGUGGAAUCAAUGGGAGGAGUCUGUCAGUGGGUGGGUCAGAUGGGGAGUCAGGCUAAUGGUGGAAUCAAUGGGAGGAGUCUGUCAGUGGGUGGGGUCAGAUGGGGAGGAGUCAGGCUAAUGGUGGAAUCAAUGGGAGGAGUCUGUCAGUGGGUGGGUCAGAUGGGGAGUCAGGCUAAUGGUGGAAUCAAUGGGAGGAGUCUGUCAGUGGGUGGGUCAGAUGGGGAGUCAGGCUAAUGGUGGAAUCAAUGGGAGGAGUCUGUCAGUGGGUGGGGUCAGAUGGGGAGGAGUCAGGCUAAUGGUGGAAUCAAUGGGAGGAGUCUGUCAGUGGGUGGGUCAGAUGGGGAGGAGUCAGGCUAAUGGUGGGGUCAAUGGGAGGAGUCUUUCAGUGGGUGGGGUCAGAUGGGGAGGAGUCAGGCUAAUGGUGUAAUCAAUGGGAGAAGUCUUAUUAUUUAGGUAUAUAAUAAAAGUUAAUAAGUUUUGAUGAUAUACAUUUAGAAAUUGUCAAAUUUCCAACACAUGAAAUUAGUGUUUAAUGUAUUUCAAUAUAAAUUAAUUCUUUAUUCGUGUACACUUUAUAGACUAAUAAGAGAAUAGCUGGUAAUUCAUGUCUCUGUUUUCCAUUCUGUCAUUUAUUUACCAAGAUAAAGGUUAUGUGUGUGUGGGAACACAUACGGGGAGAUUUACCGGUGUCUCUUGCUAUAGAGACGAGUAUUCAUGAUCUAAGAUCACAGAUGUUCCUUCAGAUUCACCUCUGCACUGCCAAGAAAGAAACUCUACAUGUAUUAUAAUGAUGCUGUGUUUUCUAAGAGCUGCAGAUUGAGCUGAUAUCAGUGUGAAUUUCUAAUAAACUCCAUGUGAGAACAUCUGCUGAGCCCAUGUCUUCAUUUAAAACACUGCUCAACAUGAUGCUUUCAGAAACGCUGUUAAUCUUAUAUGUGUGAUUGUUAUUUCAAUAGAUCUGUAUGUUUCCCAUCAGUGGCAUAUUAUAAUUGUUGACAUA